CCAUCCCUAGCUGAGGAUCGUGAAUUGAUGCUCCGGGCGACUUCCGGGAUUGGAGUAAGUGUCAGAGAUACAUGGCUGGGAACAGUCCCCCCUGCACCGGUACAGGACACAUGUAUCUCCAUGGCAACCGGAGUAUGCAGCACUCACUACCGCAAUUCUAGAAUCGAUGUUUGGAGUGCACUCUCAAUAUCAGAGGUGACAAUAGAACUAUACAAAAGUGGAUCUAGGGUGGCAUUUGUCACAUUCAACGGGACACAUUCGGAUCGUGAGAGUUGGAUGUCGCCCUCUCGGGUUCUGUCCAGCAUAUGGAAGUCUCUCACCCCAGACAGACAAUAUCUGAUAUUCUCAUUAGAGGGGGAAGCGCCAUGUUCGAGGGUUUUUUUUAUUCUGAAUAACUUGGGAGGGUGCCCUUCUGAUGCAGGGUGGUUUACAGUACUAGACCCCAGAAGCUCUGGAUGCUGCCCAGCCUCAUGGGAUGACCUCAUAAACAAACCUCGAUUCCUGUAUUCCACACUGGAUGACCUAGCCACAUUUCAGAGCUCAGACGUUGAUUUUGCUGAUGUUAUGGCAAUCUUCAUUAAAAAGAAUUCAUAAACCUAGAGUCUGGGACGUCAUCGCAAUGGAUAUCCAUCAAGAUUUUGAAUGAAAGAGAAGAUUGAACGGAAACAUGUACAGAUUCGUUAAACAUAUUUACCAAUGUAAAAGUAUACAUUUCCUGAUUUGCUUUGGUGGGUAUUGAUUAACUGUAAAAGACAGUAAGUGUUAUUGUUGGUGACCGG